AUGUCUACAGCAAUCGCCAGUCAAGCUUCCGACCAUUUCCCUGCGUAUCCUAAUCUUACGCUCAAAGACCAACGUUACACGAUCUUGCGCAAACUAGGCGAAGGCGUCUCUGCGACCACCUGGCUGGUUCGUGACUCUCAGAGCAGCCAACCCUAUGAAACUUACCUCGCUACAAAGAUUCUUACGGUUGAAGCGACCCAGAUGCACGAAACCGGCGUUUCGAGGGAACUAGAAUUCUUGAAAGAGCUCACAGACAUAGGCUCUGACCGGGAAUCACUAACGAUGAUGUUUGAUCACUUUGUUGAGCGCAGUCCCCGCGGCCUCCACCUCUGCAUUGUCCAGCCCCUUUACAGUACUUCCGUCUCAGGCCUGCGUCGCUCAUCGCCCACAAAGUCUCUGCCACUUCACAUGACGAGGAAUAUCCUAUCCAUGUUAGUCGAGGCCUUGGAACAGCUCCAUGAUCGACUGAUAGUGCACACUGAUCUCAAGCUCAGCAACUUGCUUUUUGGGAACUUUCUAUACUCUGAUAACAAAGCUCUUGAGGCUUAUCUUGAAACACAUCCACCGGAAACGCUAGGCGACUUUGAGCUCGAGGGUAAGCGCUAUCCGAUUGUCAAGGAGCAACCCAUUCCGCAUCAAUAUACCUGGGAAACCAGUGCUUUCGAAGCCGAGAAGUUUAUAGUCUACCUCAUAGAUUUUGGUCAUGCUCAGCGGGCUGGGGAGCAGCCCACGACUAACUGCUUCGGUGCUCUACCUUUACGCGCGCCUGAAAUCAUUCUUCAUUCAGAUUUUGGACCAGGCAUCGAUAUCUGGGCUGUCGGCUGUCUCACAUCUGAGCUCCUAGUCGGCCGUUGGUUAUUCCAACCUGAGGAAGGGAAACAUGGACCUUUGAAGACGACCACCUCGCUAAGAUGA